AAAUUUCUCCAUAACCAUAACUCUCUCUCUUUCUUUCUCUCUCUAGCUCUCACAGUUACAUUCUCCUGGAGUCUAAAUUCAGAUUCCCCCAUGUUUAUGGUUGUCGUGGUGACCCUCUUGGUUAUACUCGUCACUCUGUUACUCAGAGUUGCGUAUGAUACUCUGUUAUGCUACAUCGUCACCCCCAGACGUAUCCAACGCAUCAUGGAGAAGCAAGGCGUGCGUGGCCCCAAACGCCGCCUCCUCACUGGCAACAUCUCCGACAUGCUCUCUCUUCACUCCUCCGCCAUAUCCCAACCCAUGAAAUCCAUCACCCACGACAUUGUCUCGCGCCUCCUCCCGCAUUUCGCCGCCUGGUACCCCCAAUACGGACAGAGGUUUCUGUACUGGAACGGAAUAGAGCCUAGGUUGUGUUUGACGGAGACGGAGCUGAUCAAGGAGUUUCUGGCCAAGUACAACUCUGUGUCGGGGAGGUCAUGGCAGCAACGACAAGGGUCGAAGCAUUUCAUUGGAGAAGGAUUGUUAAUGGCGAAUGGCCAACAAUGGUACCAUCAACGUCACAUCGUUGCCCCUGCAUUCGCAGGAGACAGGCUUAAGGAGUAUUCUGGGCACAUGGUGGAAUGCACGAAGGAGAUGCUUCAAUCACUGCGAAAUGCAUUCGAAUCAGGCCACACAGAGAUUGAGAUCAGCGAUUACAUGACUCGGCUCGCUGCUGAUAUAAUCUCCAGAACAGAGUUCGGUACAAGCUACGAGAAGGGAAAGCAAUUAUUCCAACUUCUCACUAAUCUCCAGACCCAUUGUGCUCAAGCAAGUCGUCAUCUCUGGUUUCCUGGAAGCCGGUAUUUUCCGAGCAGGUAUAACAGAGAGACGAAGGCGAUGAAGACAAAGGUGGAUAGGUUGUUGAUGGAUAUAAUUGAGAGCAGGAAGGAUUGUGUGGAGAUUGGACGGACGAAUUCGUAUGGGAAUGAUUUGCUGGGGAUACUGUUGGAUGAGAUGAUGAUGAUGGACAGGGAGAAGAAGAUGAAGAAGAGAGGGAAUAAUGAUGGGUUUAGCUUGAAUCUGCAGAUGAUUAAGGAUCAAUGUAAGACCUUCUUCUUCGCCGGACAUGAGACGACGGCGUUGUUGCUGACGUGGACGGUGAUGCUGCUCGCCAGCAACCCUGAGUGGCAGGAUAGGGUUCGAGCAGAGCUUAAGGAGGUCUGUAAUGGCGGAAUUCCGGCUCAUGAACAUCUCUCCAAGCUCACUCUUUUGCAUAUGGUCAUAAAUGAGACAAUAAGGCUUUAUCCUCCGGCAAUGGUGCUUCCAAGAAUGGCCUUUGAAGAUAUAACGCUUGGAGACCUUCUCAUUCCAAAAGGAGUAUCUGUUUGGGUUCCCGUUUUAGCUAUCCAUCACAGUAAAAAGCUCUGGGGUGAGGAUGCGGAUGAGUUCAACCCGAACCGGUUUGCUUCCAAGUCAUUCUCGUCCGGCCGGUUCAUCCCAUUCGCGGUCGGACCCAGGAACUGUAUUGGGCAAGCUUUUGCUCUCAUGGAAGCUAAGAUCAUAUUGGCUAUGUUCAUCUCUAAAUUCAGAUUCACUAUUUCUGCUAAUUAUCGUCAUGCUCCUGAGAUUGUUCUCACCAUCAAGCCCAGAUAUGGCGUUCAAGUUUGUUUGGAGGCCUUGGAUAAGUAAUCUGGCAUGAGGACACAUGCUUGAUCCAAACCGGAGUAGUGGAGGACUCAUCAGAAAUUGAGAGUUCUACUUUUUUAUAACGCAAAGGGAUUAUAUAUUAUAUCUGGUUUUAUUAGGAAAAAUGAAUAAGUUAAUUCGGAUCCAAUCAAGUUUCACCUUUUUCUUAUUGUAUACAUGGAAGAGAGCGGAUUUGUUUCGUAUCUUGACCAGUAUUUCUUACUUUUUUGAAAUUAGAUGCGAGG